UUAAGUUAUCUUCUGUCUGUUCAGCCUGCCACCCACACAGUACUUAGCUGGGUGCUCAGGCCUCCCAGAAGGGGGAAGGAGAGAACGAGAACCCAGUUCCCAGCCUCGUCUCCUAGCUGCUGUGGGUGGCCCCAAGUGGAGUCCUCCUGGGUGCUGCGAGGGGUGAGCUGUUGAUGCUUAACUGCCUUUUAACUCUUUCUCCCAUUUUAGGAGGAUUCCGGCCCGUCCACUCCGGAUGAGAACGAAACCUCCGCAACGACAACCAGCGCCUUCACCAUCCAGGAGUAUUUUGCCAGGCGCAUGGCGGAGCUAAAGAGCAAGCCCCGGGUCACGGCUCCAGGGCUGGACGUUUCAGAUACCCAAGUGGAACUGAAAAGGAGAAAGAAAAGAAACAAAGAGAAAACAGGUAAAAAUGUAGAGAGUUACCCCCAACCCAAGGCCAAGCUGCCCGAAGAGGAGAAGGGCGAGGCAGAAGGAAGCCGCGAGCGCCCGGCCAAGAAGAAGAGAGCCGCAGCGGACCAGCAGCCCCGACGCCCCCGGCGGGACGAGAGUUCUGACGCUUCUGCCGAGGCUGCCGAGGAUCACGUGCAGCCACCUGGUGACCAGGAUGCGAUCCCAACGCCCAGACAAAGGAGAGAAAAGAAAAAGCUGCAAAAGCCAGUAGAGGGGGCGGUGGACGUUGUGCCAGCUGAAACACCAGUGAAGAAGAAGAAGAGAAAGAAGAAAGGUUCCAAAUGAGCUGUCUCCAGCCAGGGCCUCCGACCAUCCGCUGUUGGGUGCUGCCGGCAGGCGCCUUUGGCCUCAAGUCAGAGGUAACCCCAGAGAGUCUGGGCAUCUUUCAACAUGCCGUGGGUUGCCGAGUCUCGCCCUCGCGCCGCAUUUCCCCAAUGUAUAUUCCCAGGAGAACUUUUUAAUC